UUCGCCCAAACACCCCGAGCUCUCUCUCUCUCUCCCUCUCUCUCUCUCUCUCUCAUGGCGACCGCACAGUCGCACGCGGUGAAGUGCCUCAACACAUCCACCGGGGGGAAGCGCUUCGUCUUCAAGAGCUUCUACCAGCGCGUGGAGGAGAUCGACAUCGAUGUGUUCCGCAGCUUGGAGCCCGUAAAAUUGGAGCCCUCGAGCGGGUCCUCCUUCUUUCGCGAGAGCCUCUUGCAGUGGCGAGAACUAAAUACUGCAGAAGAUUUUAUAUCAUUUUAUGAGAAGAUGAUGCCAUUGGUACAGACACUGCCUCAGAUUAUACUGCAUCGAGAACUGAUUUUCUCGGAGCUGCUUAAGAGAUUGAACAUGAAAGCAAGAUUGUCUCUUGAGCCAAUACUAAUGUUAAUUGCUUCUUUCUCCAGAGAUGUCCUUGAAGAGUUCCUGCCUUUGUUGCAAAGGCUCACCAACUCCUUAGUAGAUCUUCUUACUAAUGGUGGAGAUCGUGAUCCUGAAGUUUUGGAGCAGGUCUUCACAUCUUGGUCAUACAUCAUGAUGUAUCUACAAAAGUAUCUUGUUAAAGAUGUUCAGCACAUUCUGAUAAUUACAGCUCAAUUAAGAUUUUACCCCAAGGAUUAUGUUCGAGAAUUCAUGGCCGAAGCUGUUUCAUUUGUGCUGAGGAAUUCACCCAUUAAUCAACUCUAUAAAGGCUUAACGAAGGUUGUAAAGGAGGUUGCUAAAACUCCAUCUCCGGCAAGAAAAGGUGGAGUCACGGCUUUGUUAUGGCAUGUCAUGAAAGGGACUUCCUCAAGGCUUCACUCAAGGGCUGAAAAAGUGUUUAGGUUUCUAAUUGAUAAGUUCAUUCUUGAACUUAUUCAUAAAUUUCCUCAAGGCUCAGAAGCUGUUUAUGAGGUUAGAACUGGAUUAGUCUCCAGACUAUGUCGUGAAGUGGAUCAAAAAGAAUUGAAAUUGAUGUAUAAUUGCUUAUUAAAAGAAACUUUCAACUGCAUCGAUGAUGGCUGCUCGGAACAUCUUAAUGAAAUGUUGGGCCUUCUUAAGUUUGCUGUUCAGAAAAGCAGUAGGAAGCAAGUUCUUGAUACUGAAACCAUGUUUCGGCUUGUCCAAUUGCUCAUAGAAAAGUAUAUGAUGGCUGCUGAUGCUAGAGAGUUGGAGAAUAAGUUUUCUGAGGUUGUUAGCAGUAUUUUGGGGCUAAUGCUUUGCCUUCUGGAUGUUCCUCUCAUUUCUACUGAUUUAAUGCGAAUAUCACUAUUAUAUACUCCGGCAUUUCAGUUGAGAAGCUCAAGCCUCGUCACUUUUGUCAGGGAACUUCUUACAAAAGAUCCUCAAAUAUUACAUGUUUUCAGUAGUCACAUUAUGAGUGCCAUGGAUAAUUUUGUUGAAGCUUCGCCAGAAGAAGUUCUUUUUGUCCUUUUGACAUUUUUUGAAAGACAAGGGAGUGAUAGCAUAAUCAGGGAGCCUGAAGAUAAGGUAAAGAAACUAUGCCGCUUCUUUAAGAUGAAACUUUGUCAGUGGAACGAGUUAUUAAAUGGUGUUGAAGCAAGUGGCAAUCGAGCAGAUAUUCAAGUUAGUGUAUCAGAAGCGGGAAUACUCUGGGGAGUUCUCAGCUGCUAUCCUCAUUUCCAAAAUCUAAAAGAUGAUUUAUGGUCAAUAAAGAAUCUUAUUGCCCAACUUGAUUGUCUUCUGCAAGCAGAAGGUGGUACAGAUAGCAUUGGGGGCCUUUCAAGAUCCACUUGGCAAAGUUUAAUUGGUGUGGCGUUGACAUCAUUUCGUAAAUUGUUAAUGGUCAGCAAUCUUGGAAGCCUGGAAAGAAGUCUCUUCCUGUCUCUGGCUAAAAAAUACAGGACAUCUCCACAUGUGCUUUCUGCUGUCGCCGACUUUUGGGACUCUGUGCUAGGUGAAAAAUUCUCUUCGCAGAGCGUACUACAGGAAUUCGAUGUGCAGAAUGCUUUGGACUCUUUUUGCACAUUUGCUGACAACUUGAGCAUGCCAAAUAAGGAAGUUCGUGUUUCGACGUUGAGAAUUUUGUCCCAUUAUGCACCUUUGGAGCAACAGUUGCCUACAGGUGAUGAACCUCCUAAUAAAAAGCUGAAAACAGAAGAUUCAGGAUCAGGGAAAGAAGAUGCUAAACACACUAAUGUUGUUGAGCUCCUCCUUCAGGUUGAGUCACUCCCUCUUUCAACCUCUACAGAUCGGAGUAUCACAAUACUAAUUUCCAGAAUACAGACGAGCCUUUAUUUUGGGAAGAUCAAUAACGACUACAUACCUCUUCUUUUAAAUGGGAUUAUAGGCAUAUUAUACAAUAGACUUAGCAGCCUUUGGAAGCCUGCAUUGGAAUGCUUGGCUCUUCUAAUCAGCAAAUACAAGGAUCUUGUUUGGAAUAGAUUUAUCCAGUAUCUUGGAACUCUUCAGUCAAAAUCUUUAUCCUCUGAAGAUCACCUGAUGAAGCUGAAUAGAGAAGCUCCUCAACCAAUUUCUCUCUUUGAGUGCUUCGACUUAUACCUUGUUCCUGAUUCUGAUUGCACUCCAUGCAUGACGGUUACUGUCUCAUUGCUGCAAUCACUUCAAAAGAUACCUGAAAUUGCAGAAUCUCGCUCACGACAGCUUAUACCAUUGUUCCUAAAUUUCAUGGGUUAUACUGAUGAAGAUGCUAUAAGUGUCGAAUCUUAUAUAUCGGAGAAAUGCAAGGGAAAGGAUUGGAGGAUGGUUCUUAAAGAAUGGCUGAACUUGUUGAGACUGAUGCGCAAUGCUCGAUCUUUGUAUUGCAACAAAGUCCUUAAGGAAGUUUUAAUGAUAAGGCUCCUUGAUGAGACAGAUCCUGAUGUACAACUGAAAGUUCUUGAUUGCCUAUUGAACUGGAAGGAUGACUUUUUGGUCCCAUAUGAACAGCAUCUUAAAAAUCUUGUUAUUGCAAAGAACCUUCGAGAAGAGCUUACUACAUGGGCAGUUUCAAAAGACCUUCAGUCCAUUCAGGAAGAUUACAGAGGCCAUUUAGUUUCUUUAAUUAUUCGAGUACUUACUCCUAAAGUUAGGAAACUGAAGACACUUGGCUCACGGAAGCAUGCAGGUGUUAGUCAUCGAAAGGCGAUUCUUCGUUUUUUCUCACAGUUUGAUGUAAACGAGCUGCAGCUCUUCUUUUAUUUGCUGCUGAAGCCCUUAGUUCCCAGGUCCCUCCUUAUUGAAGUUUCAGAUUCCCUGACUACCAGCAUGUUUGACAAUUUUAUAGACAAGUUUUUAUCAUAUAUUGCAAAAGUUGCAACCUUAACUACAACAGAUGAUAUUUCGUGGAAAAGAAUAGAUGGGUUCCUCCAUGUAGUUGAGGAUAUCUUGGGAACUUUUGAUCUGAUGCAUGUUGGGCCAUUUCUUAAUCCUUUUUUGAUGAUUGUUGUUCGAAUUCUGGAAAUGUGCAAGUGGAACCUGGCAAGCAAAAACAGUGGUAACACUUAUCCCAGGGGAGAUAAUUCUGGAAAUUUAGAGGUUCACAAGGACAAUACUUUGGCACCAGGCUCUCUAAUGAUUAAUAUAUCCAAUGACCAGGUCAAGGAUCUGCGGUCCCUGUGCCUGAAAGUAAUUUCUUCCACUCUUAAUAAGCACGACACUCAUGACUUCAGCUCAGAGUUUUGGCACAUCUUUUUCACUUCAGUGAAGCCUUUACUCGACAACUUCAAGCAGGAGGGUGCAAGUAGUGAAAAACCAAGCUCACUUUUUUCAUGCUUUAUCGCAAUGAGCCAGAGCCCAACACUAGUCCCUCUGUUAGGGAGGGAGACUAAUCUUAUCUCAGCAAUAUUCUCUAUCUUAACUGUGAGGACAGCAUCCGAUGCUAUCCUAUCUUCUGUUCUUGAUUUCAUUGAAAAUUUGUUGAAGCUAGAUAAAGAUUUGGAUAGCGAGGGGAGUGAUACUGUCAAGAGGAUUUUAGAGCCUCAUGUUGAGGUUCUUGUUAGUAGUUUCCGUGACCUCUACCAGACUCGCAGAGAAUUUCAUAGGAAAUCCACCAUUUGGCCGGGGCAGAGGGAAUUGAGGAUAUUCAAACUAUUAGUGAAGUAUAUCAGGGACCCUGUGUCAGCAGAUUAUUUUCUUGAUAUUUUACUUCCAUUUUUAAGGAAGAAAGAUUUAAAUUCUGAUGAAUGUUUGGAGGGUCUACAAGUUGUCAAAGGAAUUGUUGCAGUAUUAGGUCAUGAAGCAUUUGGAAAAGUCCUACAAGCAAUUCACCCAUUACUUGUUACCGCUGAACUAGGUUUGCGGUUGUGCAUUUGUGAUAUUCUCGACGGUCUUGCUUUACGUGAUCCUUCGUAUGCCUUCCUGGCUACACUUUUACGAGAUCUAAAUGCAGUUUCUUCCUCAGAACUUGGUGAACUAGAUUAUGACGCAAGAAUUAAAGCGUAUGAUACAGUAAGGCAUGAGUUAUUUCCUGAAUUGAGAGAAGAGCAUGCUGUGGCCAUACUAUCUCAUUGUGUAUGGGAUAUGUCUUCGGAAGAACUGAUCUUUCGACAAAGUGCAUCGAGGGCAUUACAUUCUUUUCUACAGUUUGCUACAUCAAUUUUAGGGUCAGCGGAAAGUAUUAUUAGCAGCAUUUGGACAAAAGCUUCCAUUCAGAGAAUUCUAGAGAAGACCUAUUUGCAUAGCAUGGGAGAUGCUAUGAGCAAGGACAUUUCAAUUCAAAAAGAAUGGAUUACUUUACUGCGAGAAAUGGUGUUUAAUUUUGAACAAGUUCCAUCUCUAAGUUCAUUCAAACCUCUCUGUAGCACAGAUCCUGAAGUAGACUUCUUCAACAACAUAACUCAUUUACAGAUUCAUAGAAGAUCAAGAGCGUUAUCACGAUUCAGGAAUGUAAUCACUGCUGGGAACUUUUCAGAGGACUUGACUAUGAAAAUCUUUGUGCCACUGUUUUUCAACAUGCUGUUUGAUGUGAAAGAUGGAAAGGGUGAACAUCUAAGAAAUGCAUGUGUAGAGACCCUUGCUUCUGUAGCAGGCCAGCUUCAGUGGGAGUCCUAUCGUACUAUUCUGAUGAGAUGCUUCCGAGAGCUGUCUGUUAAGCAAGACAAACAGAAAAUCCUUUUGCGACUGAUAUGUGCCGUCUUACAUGUCUUCCAUUUCUUUGACUCCCACUCUAAUAAUGGUGUAAAAGAUAGUGGAGUUGAGGGUGAUUUUCAUCUUUGUAGUUCAUCUUCGCAAAAUGUCUCCCCUGAGAAACAGCAAUAUUUGCAAAAGGUGCUUCUUCCUCUGGUUCAAAAAUUGCUUGUCUCAGACCCUGAGAAAGUUAAUGUAAAUAUUAGUCUUGUGGCACUCAAAGUACUUAAAUUAUUACCGACAGAUAUUUUGGAUUCACAACUUUCAAGCAUUAUACACCGCAUUUGUAAUUUCUUGAAAAACCGUCUAGAAAGCAUCCGUGACGAAGCUAGGUCUGCUUUGGCUGCAUGUCUGAAGGAACUGGGUGUGGAGUAUUUGCAGCUUGUUGUAAAGAUUUUGCAAGCUAUAUUGAAGAGGGGGUAUGAGUUACAUGUGUUGGGCUACACCCUCAAUUUCAUAUUAUCAAAGACCCUAACAGAAGGCUCUACUGGAAAGAUUGACUACUGUUUGGCGGAGCUUAUCUCUGUAGUUGAAAGCGACAUUCUUGGAGAUGUCGCGGAGGAGAAAGAAGUCGACAAAAUUGCUUCCAAAAUGAAAGAGACGAGGAAGAAGAAGUCGUUUGAGACUCUGAAGUUGAUCGCUCAAAGUAUUACAUUUAGAACGCAUGCUCUGAAGUUGCUUUGGCCCAUCGCGGCACACCUUCAGAAACACCUGACACCAAAGAUGAAGAAAAGGCUGGAAAUGAUGCUUAAUUAUAUAGCUUUGGGAAUUGAAUGUAACCCAUCCGCAGGAAAUAAGGAGUUGUUUGUAUUUGCAUAUGGACUAAUUGAAGAUACUGUUACUGAACAGAGUUCCAAUGGCAAAGAGGCAUCCAGCGAUGAAAUUAGCAACAGAACAACUUUUUUGGUGCUUGGUGAUAAUGGUUUGCGAAAUUCACAUCUGAUCACCGAGUUUUCCCUUGGAUUAUUGCGCAACAGGUUAAAGAAAAUGAAGCUGGACAAGAAAGACGAGCAGUUGCUAUCAAUGUUAGACCCUUUUGUUAAACUUUUCGGAGAAUGCUUGAAUUCCAAGUAUGAAGAUGUCCUUUCAUCUGCUAUUAGAUGUCUUGCUACAUUGAUUAGGUUGCCAUUACCGUCCCUCGAAGCCCAGGCCGAGAAGAUGAAGAAUAUACUUUUUGACAUAGCUCGGAAAUAUGGAAAUUCUAAAAAUACUUUGUUGCAAUCCUGUCUCAAGCUGCUCACGAAUUUACUACAAAGCUGCAGGAUCUCACUUUCUAACAAUCAGCUCCACAUGCUUAUUCAGUUCCCUGUUUUUGUUGAUCUGGAGACUAACCCUUCACCUAUUGCCCUCUCUCUCUUGAAGUCGAUUGUUAGUAGAAAAUUAGUUGUCCCCGAAAUCUAUGAUAUUGUGGUGAAAGUUUCAGAAUUGAUGGUAACUAGUCAAUCAGAAGCCAUACGCAAGAAGUCCAGCCAAAUUCUACUGCAGUUUCUGUUGGAUUAUGAGCUUUCCAACAAGCGCUUACAACAGCACAUGGAUUUUCUACUCACAAAUUUGAGUUAUGAACAUUCAUCGGGGAGAGAAGCUGUGCUUGAGAUGAUCCAUGCUCUCCUGGUUAAAUCUCCUGAAAGUCUCAUUGAGAAUCAGGCUCAGACAUUCUUUGUUCGUCUGGUUCUUUCUCUGGCCAAUGAUCAUGAACAUAAAGUCCAAUCUAUGGUUGGCACGGUGAUAAAAGUGUUGAUAGGUCGCCUUUGCCAUCUAAGAGCUAAUCCGCGUGCGUUGGAUCCUAUUCUCGAGUAUAGUCUUGCUUGGUACACUGGUGAGAAACAACAGCUAUCUGGUGAGAAACAACAGCUAUGGAGUGCUGCAGCUCAGGUCCUUGGUUUGCUGGUUGAAGUUCUCAAAAAAGGAUUCAACAAGCAUAUAAAUAGAGUAUUAUCAGUUGCAAAACACAUUCUGGAAUCUUCUAUUCUUGCUUCUAGCGAUGUAGAGCUUGACUUUUCAAAUGAAGCUGGCGUUCCAUUUUACAAGGAGGCUUAUUAUUCACUUGUUAUGCUCGAGAAGAUACUACAACAUUUUCCCGAAAUGUAUUUUGACAGGAAAUUCGAGGACUUAUGGGCGUUGAUUUGUAAGUCCUUGCUUCAUCCGCACAUGUGGUUGCGGCGCAUCUCGAAUCGGCUAGUAGCUUUAUACUUUGCUGCGGCGUCAGAGGCUGGAAGAACAAAUAAUGAAACGAUAAAGAGUGGAGCACUAUUUCUGGUCAAUCCAAGUAGACUUUUCUUAUUAGCGGUGUCUUUUGUAAGUCAACUCAGGACAGAACUUAGCGAUGAGGCAGCAAACAAUCUCAUUGCACAAAAUAUCGUAUUUUCUAUUUGUGGGUUGCACUCCUUUGCAAAGCAGAGGAAACUUUCAGCAUUGCAUCAGUUUUGGUCUACUCUUAGCUCUGACGAGCAAGGGUUGUACCUCAAGGGUUUUGAAUUGCUAGCUUCGAGAAAGGCUCAGGAUCAGUUUCUGCUUUGUACCACCACUACAAGUGUUUCUUUGGUCGGAGAGGAUCAAAUUAUUCACGAGGCAGGUGAAGAUCUUAAGUCCUUGCUAGUUGCGCCUUUGCUCAAGAAGAUGGGAAAGAUUGCAAUGCAAAUGGAAGAUGCUCAGAUGAAAAUCGUCUUUAAUUGCUUCAAAAUGAUUUCAUUACAACUUGGUUCCGAAGACUCCCUUGCCUAUGCCCCUCAGAUGCUUUUUCCUUUAUAUAAAGUUUGCGAAGGAUUUGCUGGAAAGAUCGUCGGCGAUGAAAUCAAGCAAUUAGCGGAAGAGGUGCGCGACAGCGUGCGCGACGUGUUAGGGGUGGAUAAUUUCGUGCAAGUCUACAACAUGAUCAGGAAGAAUCUCAAGCAGAAGAGGGAGAAGCGCAAGCAGUCGCAGAAGCUCGUCGCGGUCGUCAACCCGAUGCGCCAUGCCAAGCGGAAGCUGCAGAUCGCCGCGAAGCACCGCGCCCACAAGAAGCGGAAGAUAGCGGCGAUGAAGGCGGGGACAUGGAAGAGAUAGUUUCUUACUCCUACCAUGUCGAGGAAGAUCGCGGUUUGGAAGAGAAUUGUUUUCUGAGUGUACAGCUUCUAACCUGUUUUCUCUCCUCACUGAAGCUCAUGCUUCAAAUGGCUCAGUUGUAUUUUUUUUGUAACUUUUCUUUAGUUGAGUAAUCUUGUUUAUUAUUAUUAUAUUAUGCCUAGUGUAUUGUAAUAGAGAGGCAUCAUUGCGGCCUAUAAGAAAUUUUGCCAUGAAUUAUAUAUAUUUUUUAUAAUUUAUUUAUUUCGUACUAUUUUUAUUUUUGAA